AUGGGCUGGGCGGCCAUUUUGGAUCGGCGGCAGGAGCCGAUGAGGGACGAGGAUGGGCUGGGCGGCCAUCUUGGCCUGGUGGCCAUCUUGGCUUGGCGGCCAUCUUGGCCUGGUGGCCAUCUUGGCUUGGCGGCCAUCUUGGCCUGCCCCUCCCCCUCGUCCGCCCCCCCCUCGCGGCCCCUCCCCCCGCUGUGGGGGUCCCUGAAGCGCUGGGAUGGGGGCGGGGCCGGGGCGGGGGGAGGGGCGCUGUGGUGCGAGCGGGGGGCGCAGGUGCUGCUGACGGCCGUGGGCGCCUUCGCGGCCUUCGGCCUCAUGGCCAUCGCCAUCGGCACCGACUACUGGCUGUCCGCCUACGCGCGCGCCCGCGUCUGCAACGCCACCGGCGGCAACGUCACCAGCGUGGGCACCUCCAUGGCCAUGGCGCACGGCGGGCUCACCCACUCCGGCCUCUGGAGGGUCUGCUGCCUCGAAGGGCUCAAGCGGGGGCUGUGCCUGCGCAUCAAUCACUUCCCCGAGGACCUCGAGUACGACCACGACAGCGCCGAGUACCUGCUGCGCGUGGUCCGGGCCUCGAGCAUUUUCCCGAUCCUGAGCGCGGUGCUGCUGCUGCUGGGCGGGCUCUGCGUGGCGGCCUCGCGGCUGCGGCGCGCCAGGACCAGCCUGGUGCUCGGCGCCGGCAUCCUCUUCGUGGCUGCGGGCCUGUCCAACAUCAUCGGCGUCAUCGUUUACAUCUCGGCCAACGCCGGGGGGGAGGGGUCGGCCGGGGGCCUCCCCUCCCCCCCCCGGCGGGACGGGGAGCGCCGCCCCUCCCCCUACUCCUAUGGGUGGAGCUUCUAUUUCGGGGGCGUGUCCUUCAUCCUGGCCGAGGCCAUCGGCGUGCUCGCCGUCAAUCUCUACAUCGAGCGCCACCGCAAAGCCCCGCCCCCUCCCCCGGCCCCGCCCCCGCCGCCGCUCUUACCCCGACAAGCCCCGCCCCCUCUUCUGGACCAGUACGGACCAGUACGGACCAGUACGGAUCAGUAUGGACCAGUCUGGACCAGUUUGGACCAGUUUGGACCAGGUCACUGCCUGAUACGGGACCAGUAUGCCUCAGUUUCCCUGGACCAGUUUGCACCAGUAACUCCCAGUUAUCCUGGACCAUCUGGACCAGUUUGUCCCAGUUUGUCCCAGUUCCCUGGACCAGUCUGGACCAGUUUGGACCAGUUCGGACCAGUUCAGACCAGGCGGGAGCCGCCGUGUGGCGGAGCCGGAGCGGGCCCGGGCCCGGCGGGGCGGGCGGAGCGGGCGGAGCGAGGCGGGAGCAGCGGAGCGGCCGCGGCCGAGCGAGCGGCCCCGGGGCCGCCAUGGAGGACGGAGUUUACGGUGAGGCCGCUGAGGGCGGCGGGAACCGGGGCGGGAACCGCGGCGGGAACCGGGGCGGGCACGGGGCCGGGCGGGAAAAUCGUGAGGGGAACGUGA